UAUCUAGAGCCUAUUUCGAUCCUCCUUGAACUGCUCGCUAAUAUUCCGAGCCUAUUUCUCUUUUUUCAAAGUGAACAUUCCUUUUUCAAACCACCACGUUUUCCGUUCAGUUUGCUAGUCACCGCCAUUGUUUCCGGCAAACAACCUUCAAAAAAAAAAUACUGAAGAAAAUAAAAAUUCAAAAAAGUUUAAGUUUCUCCGCCAUAUCCCUUAUCCAUUCCGAUCAAUGGCGGGUUUAUCCUUAGUCUAUUUAAACAGCUCUCUGGCCGAAACCUUAAAACCCCCUUUUUUCACAUAUCGAAACCCUAAUUUUCCAUCUGUCAACUUUUGCGCCCCCAGAAACACACACCGCACACUCUCCAUCUCUCCAAUUUUUCUCCGUCCGAUUAUUUCUUUGUUCUUCAUCCGCGGUUUUUUACCAUCUCCAGGGCUAGAAUAUUAAAAUUACAAGAAGCAUUUGACUUUGUUAAGUUGCAAGUGCAAUGGCUUCUUCCUUGGAUAUGUCACUUGAUGAUAGAAUUAAGAACAGGAGUAACAGAGGCAGAGGCCGUUCGGGUCAUGGAAGUGGGACUCUUGGUGGUGGAAGAAUAACUGCUGCUGUUAAUGGUAGAAGACUGACUGGUCCUGGUAACGGUGGAAGAACAACUGGUGCUGUUCGCAGAGGUCCACUUAUGGUCAACACUCGCCCAUCAUCUUUUGCUAUUGCCAAGUCUAUUCGCAGAACCAAGCCUUUCCCGAUGCAGAAUGAUUUGUUUGGGGAUAGCCUUAGAGCUGCAGGAAUUCAAUGAGUAGAAGCCGACACAAAGUUGUAUGUUUCCAACUUGGCCCGUGGAUUUGCAAUCAAAUUCAUGCAAAACUCAUAAUCACCCAAUGCAUUUCACAAACCCAUUUAGCCAACACCCUUUUGAGUUUCUAUUCAAAAUCUUCGCCAUGCCCACCAACUGUUCGACAAAAUGCCUCACAGGAACGUUGUCACUUGGACAACUUUAAUUUCAUCACAUCUCAAAAAUGGGUCACUCCCAAAAGCCUUUGAGAUGUUCAAUCACAUGCGUGCAUUGGACGAGAUACCCAAUGAGUACACUUUCUCUGUUCUGCUUCGAGCUUGUGCCAACCCUGCUUUUUUGAAUGUGGGUUUGCAGAUUCAUGGCUUGCUUGUUCACUGUAGAAUUGAAAAAGACAAAUUUGCUGGGAGUUCUCUUGUGUAUAUGUACUUCAAAGGUGGCAAUCAUUUAAGGGGCGCGUGGUGUGUUUUUUAUGGAUUGUUGAAGAGAGAUGUCGUUGCUUGGAAUGUUAUGAUUUCUGGGUUUGCUCAAGUUGGUGACUUUUGCAUGGUGCAACGGUUGUUUUCUGAAAUGUGGGAUGUACAAGGUUUGAAACCUGAUAAUAGUACCUUUGUGAGUUUACUCAAGUGUUGUUCUUUGUUGCAAGAGGUGAAGAAAAUCCAUGGGCUUGUGUACAAGUUUGGUGUUGAAGUUGAUGUUAUGGUUAUCUUAAUUUCAGUAACCCUCAUGAUGCGGCUAGGGCAUUGGAUAUGCUGAAUUUUACUCCACUAAAGAGCAAAUCUAUUAGGGUUAUGUAUUCUCAUCGAGAUCCUAGUAUUAGGAAGAAUGGUACUGCAAAUACUUUUAUCGAUAAUUUGGAUAAGACAAUUGAUCACAAAGCUUUACAUGAUACUUUUUCAACAUUUAGACAUAUUUUAUCUUGCAAAAUAGCUAUUGACGGUUCUAGUGAGUCUAAUGGUUUUGUUCAAUUUGACAUUGAGGAAUCUGCUCAUAAUGCAAUUGAUAAGUUAAAUGGUUCUUGUAGUCUAAUGGUUUUGUUCAAUUUGACAUUGAGGAAUCUGCUCAGAAUGCAAUUGAUAAGUUAAAUGGUUCUGGUCAGUCUAAUGGUUAUCGUUUUGUUCAAUUUAAUAAUGUUUAUGUGAAAAAACCUAUCUCAGUGGAUGAGUUGAGAAAGGUAUUUGGAGAAUAUGGCACCAUUACUAGUGUUGUUUUUAUGAGAGAUGCAGAUGGUAGGUCAAAGUGUUUUGGUUUUGUCAAUUUCGAAAAUCCAGACAAUGCUGCUAAUGUUGUGGAGGCAUUGAAUGGGUGUCCUGAUUCUGGGAAUAGUGGUCCCACAGAUUGUGGUGUCCUUGGGACGUGGACCGUGGGAUCAGAUUUUUGGUCGAGGAAUCUCUCCAGUCUUUGUUGUGGCAGCUGUUGCAGCCUUUAUGAGUGGGCUCUUAGCUGACAGGUUUGGAAGAUUUGCAAUUCUGAGAUUCUUCUUGGUGCACGAUUAUUCUCUCUUCGAUGGUUCCAGAUCUGCCUUUAUUCUCCAAUUUUGAUCAACAAAAAUAUGUGUUAUUGUUCAAACAGCCAUUAUCUAUCUUGUUUUAGACGCAUUUUCUUAUUCCGUUGAUUGAUCAUGAUUUCGUUUCGUUAGAGUCGCGCUGCUUCUUCUUUGGUGUUUGUCAUGCAAUUUAGUUAUUAUUAGUAUAUUAUAAUAGUGACUUAUAUUCCCACCGACGAUCAUUCCGGUGGUGUCCCUUUUUCCACAUGAAUUAUAUUAGUGAUGACUUCUUUCGUUGGUGGUUA